AUGGACAUGAGCGUAAAGAAAUUCACCGUGCGCCGCUUCUUCUCUGUUUACCUGCGCAAGAAAUCCCGCAGCAAGAGCUCAAGUUUAAGCAAAUACGAGGAUGAAGGUAUCGUGAAAGAAAUAGAUAUUAGCAACCAUGUAAAGGAAGGCUUUGAAAAGGCAGAUCCCUCUCAGUUUGAAUUGCUCAAAGUGCUGGGUCAGGGAUCCUAUGGAAAAGUAUUUCUCGUUAAGAAAAUAAAAGGCUCUGAUGCUGGGCAGCUCUAUGCCAUGAAGGUAUUAAAGAAGGCGACACUGAAAGUACGUGAUCGAGUCAGGUCAAAAAUGGAACGUGACAUACUGGCUGAAGUCAAUCAUCCUUUCAUAGUAAAAUUGCACUAUGCAUUCCAGACUGAAGGAAAAUUGUAUCUGAUUUUGGAUUUCCUAAGAGGCGGUGAUCUUUUUACAAGACUAUCCAAAGAGGUGAUGUUUACAGAAGAAGAUGUCAAAUUCUAUCUAGCUGAGCUGGCCUUGGCUUUAGACCACCUGCAUGGCCUUGGGAUCAUUUACAGGGACUUAAAACCAGAAAAUGUACUUCUAGAUGAAGAUGGCCACAUUAAAAUAACAGACUUUGGACUCAGCAAGGAGGCUGUUGACCAUGACAAAAGAGCCUAUUCCUUCUGUGGGACAAUAGAAUAUAUGGCUCCCGAAGUAGUUAAUCGGCGUGGUCAUGCACAAAGUGCAGACUGGUGGUCCUUUGGUGUUUUAAUGUUUGAGAUGUUAACCGGGUCGCUGCCUUUCCAAGGCAAGGACAGGAAAGAAACCAUGGCACUUAUACUCAAAGCUAAACUGGGAAUGCCACAGUUCUUAAGCCCAGAAGCCCAAAGCCUUUUGCGAGCACUCUUCAAGAGGAAUCCUUGCAACAGAUUAGGUGCUGGACCUGAUGGAGUUGAGGAGAUAAAACGACACUGCUUCUUUGGAACUACAGACUGGAAUAAGCUAUACAGGAAAGAAAUUACACCUCCAUUUAAACCAGCUGUGGGGAGACCAGAGGAUACGUUUCACUUUGACCCUGAAUUCACAUCCAGGACACCAAUUGACUCACCUGGUGUGCCUCCAAGUGCCAACACACAUCAGCUCUUCCGAGGUUUCAGUUUUGUCGCCACCAACCUUGGCCAAGAGCAUACACAGUCUGAUUCUCGACAACUGAUUGACCAUUCGAUUGUGCAGCAGCUACACAGGAAUAAUAUUCAUUUCACAGAUGGCUAUGAGUUGAAAGAGGAUGUUGGUGUUGGAUCAUACUCCGUGUGCAAGCGAUGUGUUCACAAACUCACAUCAGUGGACUAUGCUGUAAAGAUCAUUGACAAAAGCAAAAGAGAUCCAUCAGAGGAAAUUGAAAUUUUAUUGCGAUAUGGACAACAUCCAAAUAUUAUCACCCUGAAGGAUGUGUAUGAUGAUGGAAAGUAUUUAUAUCUUGUCAUGGAACUAAUGAGAGGAGGGGAACUGCUUGACAGGAUUCUACGGCAGAAGUGUUUCUCGGAAAGAGAGGCCAGUGCAGUACUUUAUACAAUCACAAAGACUGUGGAAUACCUACACUCACAAGGGGUUGUUCAUCGAGAUCUGAAGCCAAGUAACAUUUUGUAUGUGGAUGAAUCAGGAAAUCCAGAAUCCAUUCGAAUUUGUGACUUUGGUUUUGCUAAGCAACUCCGAGCUGAGAAUGGCCUUCUAAUGACUCCAUGUUAUACUGCCAACUUUGUCGCGCCUGAGGUGCUCAAGAGGCAAGGAUAUGAUGCAGCCUGUGACAUGUGGAGUUUGGGGAUUCUACUUUACACCAUGCUGGCAGGAUUCACACCAUUUGCCAAUGGGCCUGAAGAUACUCCUGAAGAAAUCUUGGCACGCAUUGGAAGUGGGAAAUAUGCCCUCAGCGGAGGAAACUGGGACACAAUUUCUGAUGCUGCCAAGGACAUGGUAUCUAAACUGCUGCACGUAGAUCCUCAUCAAAGGCACACAGCUGCACAGGUCCUUCGACAUCGCUGGAUAGUGAAUCGGGAAUUUCUAUCACAGAAUCAGCUCAGCAGACAUGACGCCCAUUUAGUCAAGGGUGCAAUGGCUGCCACAUACUUCGCUUUAAACCGCACACCUCAGGCACCAAGAUUAGAACCUGUAAUGGCAUCAAAUCUGGCUCAACGAAGAGGAAUGAAAAGAUUGACUUCUACGAGACUAUAACAACUAUUGAACAACAACUCUAGGAAGUUUUUUAUUCAUUAUAUGUAAAAAUAUCUGGUCCUUUCCUGGCCAAUGUAAGAGGCCCCAAAUGACCCAAAGUAUUCAGAGGUUGAGCCUAGUUUCAGGCUUUUACUAUUCGGUAUUUGAAAAAAAUCAAAGGAUCAUUCACGUUACUUGCAAUGCUGUAAAGAUAACAGGAGAUGAACAAACACCAUUUCCUUUUCUUGAAUGUGUUACUUUUUUGCCUGAUGUUUUAAAAGAACAGACAAAUAUUGAUCGUAUAAACUAGGCUUAACCUCUUUCAUAAGUGGA